AUGAAGACUAUAGUUGAUGUGGAAUUGAGGAAAUCAGCGAUGGAGUUGAUAGUACAACACAUUAUUGAAGAGAGGUCCAAAAAUAAGAAUGGCAAGUAUGACAAGGAUUUGAAAGAAGGUGUUCAAAGAUAUUUAACAAUAUUUCAAGAGGUGAUUCAAAAAAGGUUAAGAGUGUGGUCUAACCAGAAUACUAAGUUUGACUUAGUGAAUCAAGCUAAUAUAUUAAUGGAAGAAGAGAGAACUUUGGAGAUUAGUGAUCCACCAACAAAAACCCAACUUCUGAUAAUCAAAAGUUUUUUAAAGGUGGUUUAUCAUCAAUUUUAUACAAAUAGUAAGGAUUUUUGUUUUAAUGAGGGAAAUCAUAGUUUACUUUUUUCAAUUUUUAUUAAAAAGAUUACACUGGAAGCACCAAUUGAUGGAUUGCAAAAUCAGAAUACUUCAGUUGAAUCUAGUUUAUCUUUAGAGUCUACUAUAAUCUCUCUAUUGAAAGGUACAUACUAUAAACUAGGAGGAUUCGUUCAUUCUACUGAUGUAGAUUUUAGAUAUUGUUUUUAUAUCCUCCCUGAAACUAACUCUUUUUUAACAUCCAACAAUUUUUUAACUGAUGAAUUUACCAAAAUUGAAAUUGAUGACAAAAAUAUAAACAAGAAUUUUAUAGCCAAUGUUAAUAACAUGGAAGAUUCGACUUUUUUGAUAGGGGCUAAUGACAUUGCUCAACAAUUUUCUUCCAAUACUUUAAAACAUAUUACAAUAACUAAACUUCCCUGCCAAAAAUUUGAAGGACUAUGGGAAAAUCUAUUUUUUGAAAAGGACAUCAAGAGAAAAUUAUUUAAUUAUGGAGAGUUUUCAAUGGAAAUUGCUAAUCAUUUAAAAACCAGUAACUACAAAAGAGAAUUUGCUAAAAUUUUAGUGAAUAAUAAAAUUAUUUUACUUCAUGGACCUCCUGGUACAGGAAAAACAACACUCUGUCAAGGUCUUUCUCAAAAAUUGAUAAUUAGAAAGAAGCACACUACUGUUGUGGACUCUAUGAAAUCGGAAUGUAAAGGAUUACUAAUUGAAAUAUCCUGUUCACAAAUGUUCUCUAGAUGGUUUGGAGAGUCCUCAAAAAACUUAGAAUGUAUUUUUAACGACUUGAGAAAAAUUCUUUCCUCUCCAGAGUAUAAAAAUUGUUUUUUAUUUCUUUUAAUAGAUGAAGUAGAAACAAUUGCUGGUUCAAGAAAAGAUAUUUUAUCUAAAAAUGAGUCCAGUGACAGUGUUCGUGUGGUAAACACCUUAUUAACUCAAAUAGAUUCGCUAAAGUCAUAUGAAAAUUUUCUAAUUCUAACAACAUCUAAUCUAGUAGGAUGUUUAGAUGCUGCAUUUCUUGAUAGAGUAGAUGAGAAUUUUUUUGUUGAAAAUCCCUCUGUGAAGUCUGUUUCCAAUAUGCUACUUUCAAUAGUCAACUCACUUUUCGAUACUGAAAUAAUUAAUUCAAAGAAACCUACUAAAAGAUGUACAGAAGAAAAAUAUCUUAAAAUAAUAGAUAUCUUAGCACAAGAAUGUGUUGUAUGUAUACAUACUUCAAACUGA